AUGCUCCCAUUUAAAGCAAUCGUUGCGCUGCUGUCAGUUGGCGCCGUCAGCACGUUGCCUGCUAGCCAUGCUUUUGACAAAAGAGCAACGGCCUGUAAAAGUGGCGACAAAAACUUCAAAGCCCUGAGAAAUCACAAGGUGGAUGGGUCUGCCUUCUGUUCAGCAUAUCUUCAAAUUACCAGGACAUCCACAAUCACACCUGUUGCUAGCACUGCCGCGACAAAAUGGGUGACAAAGUCUGCUAGGAUGGUUGUCAUUCAAAGGGUUCACUUCAUUGUUAAACAUAUCUCCAGAUUGAAAGUAAUGAGGACCGCGGUCAUGACGCUCACAAAGACGAAAACUGCCAGCGUCACCAGCUUCAGAACCAAAACCGUGACAGGCGCCCAGACAGACAAGAUAAUGAAAAUAGAUACGUAUCAAGUGACCAAGACGGAUACAGAUCAAUUCACGAAACGGGUCACUCGGCAUUUCACUACCACUGUCACAGCUAUUGUCUAUACGACAUCUACCAAGGACAUCACAAGCACUAGCACUCUCCAGCUCACAGAAGAAGCUCCAACUACGAUUACUGUUACUAGCACGGAAAAGCUCACCAACAACUUCUUAGCGUACAACUGUGGCGUCAAAAACCCUAUAACCGCUAGAUAUGGUUUUGCUAGAAACUUUGCCUUACACAACUUCGAUUCAUGCAAGAGAUUUUGUUCAGGGGUCAAUGCUCUGAGCUUUGCUUAUAGCACUAACCAGUGCUUGUGCUUUAGUGUCCUGUCUAACAACGACUAUCAGAUUACCCACGUUUCGAACUUUGCUGACUAUACCCUUGAGCCUCUGAAACGAGCCGUAAAGGUUAACAAAAGAGUCCCUGCAUACUUGCCACUCAAGGAUGAUAAGGAUGUAAGCAGGGCCUGUUCAUGCCAUAUCACCAACAAACCAGCUGCUCCAGUUACUUCAACAAUCAUAGCCCCCAAUGCGAAGGCAGUUACAGUGACGAGUCAUACAAAGGUCUAUGACAAGAUAAAGAAACGAGUCACCGUCACCUUUCACAGGAAGAUCUAUUUGACCAACUUCAAGACGACAACAAAGACAGAUUAUAUAACCAUGACCGUUACCAACCGCCGGGAUGCUAUGGUCACGCACCCUGUCAUUGUCACUGUCACUCACGUCAAGACGGUAACUAUUACAAACGUCAACAGCGUCCAGGUUACGAACUAUAAUACUGUCUAUACCACCAAAUUCGAUACGGCCUCGGAGACCGAUACAGAAACUGAAAUUGUCACUGACGUGGAGUAUUUCACCGUCACCGAGUAUGAAACAAUACCUGUUACUGUAACUAAGGCUGAAGUGAUAGUACCGUCGCCAGUGACUGUCUUUAUGGCGACGACAACCAAUUAUGGAUAA